UUCUAAUUAUGAAACUUCAGUAUAUGAACCUAGAAUUCCAUCUACUAGAAUUGAUAUUAUUACUAAUGUGGAAAAUACAAUUUACAAAGAUGUCAUUGCAAGUGAUGAGAUUGAAAAGACUGACAAAGUUGAUGAAAAAAUUUGA